AUGUGUUACACUUUAUCAUGGACCGUACCUCGACUUAGGCAAUACAUGUUGUAUCACACCACCUUCCUCAUCACAAAGUUGGACCCUUUGAAGUACAUUUCCGAGAAGCCAUCAUUGUCAGGAAUAGUUUCUCGUUGGAAAGUGGUAUUGUCUGAGUAUGACAUUGUCUACGUGUCCCAAAAGGCUAUAAAAAGAAGCAUAGUAACGAAAUUUAUGGUAGAUCGCGUGAAAGAGGAAUACAGGCCUAUAAGUUUUGAUUUCCCAGGCGAAGAGAUCAUGUCAAUUUCUAAGUACGAAGAAGAAAUUUGGAGGAUGUAUUUUGAUGGAGCAUCCAACAUGAUGGGGCAUGGGAUUGGGGCAAUAUUAAUCUCCCCAAGUGGACAGUAUUUUCCUGCUACAGCUAAACUUAUGUUCACCUAUAUGAACAAUGUAGCUAAAUACAAGGCAUGCAUUUUGGCACUUCAGAUCGCCAUUGAGAAAAACUUAGGGUUUUAA